GUACUUUUUCUUUUAACACCAUGGUUGGAAGUGAGUCUAAUCAUAAGCAGAAUUGAAAACCCCCUCGAAGGUCUCUCUCGAGACCAGCUUAUCCAGGAAGUUGAGCGCUUCGCAGGCGACAGCGGCCUUGUCGAUCUGCUCCCCCUUCUCCACAAGGGAGCUGUAGCUGCUCAGAGUCCCAAUGAGAUUGACACUCUUGAGCUUUUAGAUUCGAGGGACCGUGCCAUUCUCCAUGAGGAGGUUACCCACCGCUGGAAGCAGCCCUGGGCCCUAUACUAUACUAUCAUCCUGAACUCAAUUGCCGCUGCUAUUCAGGGCUGGGAUCAGACUGGAUCAAACGGUGCUAAUCUGACUUUCGAUGUGGUUUUCGGUAUUCCUAACAAUCCUCCAGCUUGCCCUGACCAGGCAACCUGCACCCGCAACCAGUGGAUCAUGGGAUUUAUCAACUCGUGCCCUUACAUCACCAUCUGUCUUUUUGCUGGAUGGUUAUCGGACCCGUUGAACGAUUACCUCGGUCGAAAGGGCACCAUCUUCUUGGCCGCUCUAUUCAGUCUUAUUGCUCCCAUCGGUUCCGCAUUCACUCAGCACUGGGGACAGCUCGUCGCAGCUCGCAUCCUACUUGGAAUUGGAAUGGGAUUAAAAGAAGUGACUGUUCCAGUCUAUAGUGCUGAGAAUGCUCCCACCAACAUUCGAGGAGGUCUAGUUAUGUCGUGGCAGGUGUGGACCGCCUUUGGUAUCUUCAUGGGCACAUGUGCAAACUUAACUGUCGCCAAUACUGGAGAUAUUGCCUGGCGUUUGCAGCUUGGUUCGGCUUUUAUCCCUGCAGUCCCUCUGGUUUUUGGUAUCUGGGCUUGCCCUGAGUCUCCGCGUUGGCUAAUUAAGAAGGGAAGACACAUCAAGGCAUAUAAGUCUCUCCUCCGUCUCCGCAAUAGCCCGCUUCAAGCUGCCCGUGACCUUUUCAUGAUUCAUAUUCAAUUGGAAGAGGAGAAGACUAUUCUGGUAGCAUCUGGAUUUGCAAAGACCAACAACAUGUUUGUGCGCUUCGGGGAGCUCUUUACUGUGCCCCGCCUUCGUCGUGCUACUCAGGCAUCUGCUGUUGCAAUGAUCUCUCAGCAGAUCUGUGGAAUCAACAUUAUCGCCUUUUACUCUUCAACCAUCUUCCAGAUGGCUGGUGCAAAUAACAUCGGAGCUCUGCUUGCAUCAUUUGGCUUUGGAUUUAUCAAUUUCAUCUUCGCUUGGCCUGCAGUUUGGACCAUUGAUACCUUUGGUAGACGCGGCCUGAUGCUUUUCACUUUCCCACAGAUGUGCUGGAGCCUUCUUGCCGCUGGGUUCUGUUUCUGGAUUCCGAAGAGUAGUAGCGCUCAUUUAGCUCUCGUGGCCUUUUUCAUCUACAUCUUCGACGCAUUUUACUCUCCCGGAGCUGGUCCAAUUCCGUUCACCUACAGUGCUGAAGUCUUUCCCAUCAGUCACCGUGAGAUUGGUAUGGCAUGGGCAGUGGCUACCAACAAUUCCUGGGCUUCCGUCCUUUCGUUCACAUUCCCAUACAUGCUGCGAGCCCUCACUCCUCAGGGUGCAUUUGCAUUCUAUGCUUUCCUGAACAUGGUGGCACUGGCGCUGAUCUUCUUAUUUAUGCCUGAGACCAAGCAGCGAUCGCUUGAGGAGCUGGGCUUUGUCUUUGGUUUGUCCACUCGAACCCACGCGCAUUAUCAAUUGACCAAGGUGCUUCCGUGGUGGUUUAAGCGAUAUGUCCUCAUGCAGAAGGGAACGAUGUGCCCCGAGCUGUGGAACGCAGCCAACGACACCAACAUUGCUGCUCCUCGCACUGCUACUGAAGUUGUUUGUGAGAAGGAAAAAGAUGUCGUUCUGUCUGCUCCCCAGCAUGCAGAGGACGUUUCUCACUAG